AUGGCUUUGGGCGAGGAUUUCUUUACUUUUUCAGAGGAUUCACUUACCUGUGAAAGAUUACGACAAUUGAUAACGGUUAUGGCCCACUACGCCUGCUAUAAGAGCCUCCCAGUUGAAUGUGAUUUUGGCGUGCUUCAUGACAUCAUGCUUCCACCCAGUGCUGUCUCUUUGCCUAGGACAAGCGUAUUGAUGGAGCAUAUUAUCGGGAUGAUGAAACCACAACCUGAAUCGAUUAGUGGGGUUCCUGCUCUGACAGACGAAUUCUCUAGCAGUGGAGAUAGCCCAGAGGAAUCCGGCUUCGAAAGAAAGUCAAACCGGGACAAACCAGACCGGGAUUUCGAUGGUAGAGUUGAUUAUUUUCAUCUAUUUGAAAUAUUGUUUGGAUGCUUUUUAUGCUCAGCUCUAUGUGAUUCUUCCUGA